AUGAUUAUUGGGAAUCGACCAAGGCCACAAAUGCAAAGAACAAUAAGCAUAACGAGGAUCACCGUCGAGGUUGAUGAUAAUGAUCAGAACUCCGGCCAAGAUUCUGACUUGGCUAUGGCGGUGGUAGACGGCGGAGAUAGCUACGAUCAGCGGUUCUUGGCGAUGUUUUCACCGGAAAAUCAUCGGCGAAACGAGAGCAAAGACGGAGGAAAAUCAGCGUUUUCGUCGACGUCUUUUCUUGGAAACUGUGGCUUUUGCAAAAGCCGUUUAGCUCCGGGUCGUGAUAUUUACAUGUACAAAGGAGACGCAGCGUUUUGUAGCGUGGAAUGCAGAGAACAACAAAUAGAGCACGACGAAGCCAAACCCCGAAAGAGCUCAAACUAA